AUGGAAAACUUCGCUAUCACCAAACGUGGCUGGACAUUUCAAGAAUCCUACAUACCACCCAGGCUGCUGAUCUUCGGCGACCAGGAACCAUUUCUGCGAUGCAGAACGAAAGACGCUAUGCCAAUUGCAAUCACCGCCAUCGAUUACCAACGCUCACGCAUCGAACCACGGCGCAACAUAGACCAUGCGCUUCCACCACAUAUCCGCGAACAGGAGCACCUUCCCUACAAUCUUCGUCACAUAUGGAUGAAUGUCGUGGUAGAUUACACGAGACGGCAGUUCAGCUUCGAAGGAGAUCGUCCUCUUGCAAUCAGAGGCAUCGUCGACUUCCUUGAGAAGAGAGGCAAUGGCCUACCUACUUGGUCUUGGUUAUCUACUCCAAACGAAAUAGCUAUGUCUUCCCUGGAACUUCUCGGAGACUAUCGAGGCGACGCUGUCGUAGAGUUUAGUGAACGAGACCCCUUCCGACUCGCUCUCGAGUGUCCUGUGAUAUCCUUUGAUGAUGUGGAGGAAGAAGACCAGAUCGAGUAUUGGCAAGAUCAUGAAGACGAGGACAAAGCGGAUGGGCUUGCGGGGGCGGAGUGUUAUGUUCUAGUGCUGUCCAAGAUGUCGAACGACACCGUUCUGGGGCUAGCUACGACGCAGCUUCGUGACCUGACGCAUGUGCGCCGUGGUGUCAUUGAACUGCGGGACGCGGAAAAGUGGCUCUCGAAGCCCAAGGGCAAGGUUAUUGUCAUGUGA